UUAAUCAUUCUUAUAAUUAUUCUUUCAAAUUCAUUAUUUGAAAUUUCAUGUGCUCCCCAUUGUUGAACUCCUUUAUUGUGGAAUUUUUGACUUUUGGAAGAGACUUGUUGCCUUGUUUUUUCAUAUUACUUGUGUUUCUAGGUUGGGAUUUACAUGUCUGAGGCCAAGUAGUUGGUUGAAAGCUUUAAUCUCACAUAUUCUUUCAGUUAGACUAGUCUCAGUGUUCAGGUAACAUGUAGAUUUGGGUUGUGGUGCUAUUUCUCACCACUGGACUGUGAAGUAUGGCUCAAUAGCCCAGCAUUCACCCACAUGCUCAGGGUACAAGGACUGGUUCCCAGCACUGCUCAGAUCAAGGUACACUAGCUGGAGUUACUUGUAGAAGGGUUGGUUGUCCUCUUCUGGACUGCUUUCACUAUAGAAGCUUUCCUUUAUUUGUGUAACAUAUGCUGUUAUUGGCUGCAGGGAGCAUCACAACUUGUGGGAUGGGUAGGUUCCCCCCUUAUUGACCCUGGCACAUACACCCUGGUUGUCCGCAGGGGAAGCACACAUCCAAGCUUUGGGGGUGAUUCUUGAAUGUGUCAGGGAGUGUGAGGAGGAAACAGAGCAAUGAGCUCUGUGGGAGAACUGAGGGACCUAGUCACUCUGUCUGUUGGUCUCAGUGCUUACAGACUACAUAUUGUGGUUUUCCUUCCCAUGCAGAGGCUGUGGAAGUUUUAUGAUUCUGAGGGUCUGGACUUAGGCCUUCAGUACUGACCAUCAGCAAACACAUGCCAGGAUGCAGUUCCCAGGGGAUGAGCUCAGUGUUUUUAGGUUGUGACUGCCAGUUUAUCUCCCUGUGCUUGGGAUGAGGCUACAAUUCAGAGAGUCUGGGCUUGGUGCUCUGAUCCAUCUAGCAGUCAACAUACACAGCCAGGAGGCUGGCCCUGGUGGCUUAAUAGUAAUCCCACCAUAGGUGGGGUUCUUUUUUUCUAGUCCCAGCUGAUGGGACUCACUCCUGGCCAGGGAGAGUGAAGCUUCUGACCACUGCAAGGCUCUAUGUUCUUGGUGCCCUAUGUUGCUGGUGCUAUCAUCUAGUUCCCCACAGCUUGAACUUCUCUGUGGUACCAUGUCAGACACUCUUCCUCCCCUCCACCACCUCUUGUGGCCAUCUCCCACCUACUGUCUGUGGGUCACUGUGUCAUAAGUCCCUGCACUGGGUUUAAGGCUUGUGAGAGGUAUGGACUUAUUUUACAGCUAGAAUUGGCAGUCUGUCUUCAGAAUAAUCUAUUUUGCCUUGUGAUGGCAUCUUCAAUUUCCCCUCAAAACUGGGAUUUUUGGCUGUGCCCUGAUCACAACUGUCACCAAAUCCUUUUGAAUCUAUAUCUUGAGCUUUGAUUUCUCUCCCUUCCAAUUGGUUUCCAUACCUACUUGUCUCCUGGACAUGUGUCCUGCACUUGACAGAAUAUAAACAUUUUUACAUGAACAUUAAUCUACAUUAUAAUAUAUUUGGCUGUUUGGGUAGUGUUACAGGAAAAAUGGAACUCUAAGGCUGACAGAAGAUUGGAUGUCAGGGAAGCAAUACACAAUUCAUCCGAUCAGAUGGAUGACUUCGAACCAACUAAAACCAAGACCUGGAGACCUGAUUGAGAUUUCUCGCAUUGGUUAUGCACACUGGACCAUUUAUGUGGGAAAAGACUAUGUAGUUCAUCUGGCUCCUCCAAGUGAAAUCACAGGGGUUGGUACAGACAGCAUCAUGUCUGCCCUGACUGACACAGCCAUAGUGAAGAAGGAACUGCUGACUGUGGUGGCUGGGGGAGACCAGUACCGGGUCAAUAACAAACACGAUGAUAAGUAUCCACCAUUUCCUGCCACUAAAAUUGUCCAGCAGGCAAAGAAGUUGGUGGGGCAGGUGGUACACUAUUCACUGACCAGCAAGAACUGUGAGCACUUUGUGAAUGAGAUGCGGUACGGCAUUCCCAUCAGUGACCAGGUCACUGAGGCUACCAUGAAAGCAGUUGUGACAGCAGGUGUCCUGGCAACUCUAGGACUCUUCAGUUGCCUACUGUCCAGAUGCAAGCAGGAAAAGCAAUAAAUCCACAGCAUUGUCUUGGUGGUGCCAGUUAGCAUGGAAGAAUUUUGUCUAGCCAGCAGGAGUAGGGUUUAUUUAAUUUAUUUCACUGUCUUUUGUUAUCAAGAAUUCUUAUUUAAAUGGAGCCAAAUAAAACUGGAUGAUUUUAUUUGGGAGAAAUGUAGCAUAGUGUAAAUUCUAUUAAAGACAGUUGAAAACUAUAAUGGACUCAAUGUUUGUUUUCCCCUCCCACCCCAAAUUUAUAUGUUGAAGUCCUAAUCUCCAAUGUGAUAGUAUUUGGAGGUUGGGGACAUUGGGAGGUGAUUAAGUUUAGAUGAGAUGGGGGAGGAUAAGGACACUAUGUUGUAAUUAGUGUCCUUAUAAGAAGAAGAAAAACAAGCACUCUCUUUUUCUCUCCCUCUGCCAUGUGCAGACAUACUGUGCAGGUGGCCAUCUGCAUGACAGGAAGGGCAUCUCUCCAGAAUAACACCAAUUAUGCCAAUACAUUGAUCUUUGACUUCCCAGCUGUUAUGGUUUGAAUAUAGCUUGUCCCAAAAUUUAUGCUGAAAUUUAAUAUUCCUGAGGAGAUAAUAGGAAGCAGGACCAGGAUUAAAUCAUUCAUGUCAUUAAUUAAUAGAUUAAUGGGUUGAUGAGCUAAUGGGUUAUCUUGAGAGUCCAGUUUGGCUAAGUCUUUUGCACACUCCAUGUCUGUGGCCAUGUGAUGUCCUGUGAUGCCUCAGAACUUUGCCAGCAAGAAAGCCAUCAGCAGAUGCAAUGUGCUUUCCUGGGACCACAACCACAAAUACACUUUUUUUCUUCAUAACUUAUACAGUCUAUGAUAUUGUAUAAUUAGCAUCAUAAAAUGGACAAAGACAUCAACCUCCAGAACUGCAAGAAAUAAAAUCCUGUUGUUUAAGACACCCAGGCUAUAGAGGUCGUUAUUUCAGCCUCAUCUGACUAAAGCUCAUGGACCUUCACCACUUUCCUGUUUCCUCUUGGAUGCUGUGAUCUUUUUAUGGUGAGAGGCAGGGAGAGACAGACCUGACUGAUGGGCAAAUUGGGGGAACCAUUGGGCCUUCCAGGGCAGCUGGAAUUUUGUAGAAGUAUCAUGUGACUUGGUCACCAGAGUCCCCUUCUUCUUCUUGACUCCAACAAUGACUAGUAUUCUUUUUUCCCUCUGCUCUCCACAUCUUUCCUCUGCUUUGUCUCUUCAACCUCCCCAGUGCUCCUGCUUCCC